CCGCGCAUGCCGCUCAUCUCCAUCAUGACCAAGGAGAAGGGAAUUGUGUUUGCACACUAUGGUGCAGUCUGGAAGCAGCAGAGGAAGUUCUCCCAUUCGACACUUCGUCAUUUCGGUUUGGGAAAGCUUAGCCUGGAACCCAAGAUUAUUGAGGAGUUCAAGUACGUAAAAGAGGAAAUGCAAAAGCACGGAGACGCCCCCUUCAGCCCCUUCCCCAUCAUCAGCAAUGCCGUCUCUAACAUCAUCUGUUCCUUGUGUUUCGGCCAGCGCUUCGAUUACACGAACACGGAGUUUAAGAAGGUGCUGGACUUCAUGUCUCGAGGGUUAGAAAUCUGCUUGCACAGCCAGCUCUUCCUGAUUAACUUAUGCUCCUGGUUUUACUACCUUCCCUUUGGGCCCUGUAAGGAACUGAGGCAGAUUGAAAGGGACAUCACCUGCUUCCUUAAAAACAUCAUCAAAGAGCAUCAGGAGUCUCUGGACGCCAGCAACCCUCAGGACUUCAUAGACAUGUACCUUCUGCAUGUGGAGGCGGAGAGGAGAGCCAGCAGCAGCACCAGCUUCAGUGAGGACUACCUGUUCUACAUCAUUGGGGACCUCUUCAUUGCUGGCACUGACACCACAACCAACUCUUUGCUUUGGUGCCUGCUGUAUAUGUCACUGAACCCUGACGUGCAAAAAAAAGUUCAUGAAGAAAUUGAAAGGGUCAUUGGUUGUGACCGGGUUCCUUCCCUCACGGACAAGGCCCAGAUGCCAUACACAGAAGCCACCAUCAUGGAGGUGCAGAGGCUAUCCAUGGCAGUGCCACUUGCCAUUCCUCAUAUGACUUCGGAGAAAACAGUCCUCCAAGGAUACACUAUUCCUAAAGGCACAGUGGUCAUCCCCAACUUGUGGUCGGUACACAGAGACCCAGCCAUUUGGGAGAAGCCAGAUGACUUCUGUCCUGAUCGGUUUCUGGAUGACCAGGGACAACUCUUGAAAAAAGAAACUUUUAUUCCUUUUGGGAUAGGUCAGUUAAACCUUGGUUUUAAAUUUGUUCUUAACUUCGUCAUUAUUGUGUGUGCAUACCCACGUGUGCAUGAGCGUGCGUGCACGUGUGUGUACUCGAGUGUGUUUGAGCUAUGUAUAUGUAAGUGUAGGUGUAGCGAACAGCAGGGUUCUCACCCACUGAGUUGCCUUGCUGGCCCAACUUUUUGUUUCUUCAAAAAAUAAAAAACAAAAGUAGAG